UGUUAUGAAAAUAAUUUUUUUACGUUCCCCUCGGAAUACAAAGGUCGGAACUUUCCGUCAGUUAUUUUCACUACACGGACAUAACAACACGAGCACCCGUUCUGUCGGGAAACGGAUAUGAAGACUUUUCAGCGCGUUAGGUAUGCUGUGUUGCAAUGGACGACAGCAACGCAGUGAAGCUCUUUGUUGGAAAUCUGGAUGUGGAAACAACACAAGAUGACCUUAUAGCACUUUUUGCCCCUUACGGAGAAGUGGUGAACAUAACUGUACUAAGGCAGUUUGCCUUUGUCCAUCUGCAGGGAGAAGGGGCUGCUGACCGUGCCAUCCGUGAUCUGAAUGGUCAAGAUUACCGUGGAAAAAACCUUGUAGUUGAGGAAUCCAAAGGAAGGCCGCUUAACUCCACCAAAGUGUACGUGGGGAACCUGAGUGCUUCCUGUACAGUCGAAGACCUUUAUAAUCUCUUCUCGAUUUACGGCAAAGUUCUUGACUGUGACAAAGUGAAAACCAAGCCCUCAUCUUUAGCAGGCUACACCUUUGUGUACAUGGAGCACAAAGAGGAUGCAGAACAAGCCAUCGAGGGUCUUCACGGUACCUCGUAUAUGGGACGUCCACUCUCAGUGGAGCUCUCAAAAGGCCAGCAGACUGCAAACAAGGUCCCUUGUGCCAGCUGCGGCGCGUACGGCCACUUUGCAGGUGAAUGCCCAAUAAACAGGCCUUCAAUGGAACACCACCAGAGUCAAGCGGCUGUUCUCGCAGCAGCUGCUGCGGCCGCUGCCGGGCUUCCCCUUCAGGUGCAGCAGAGCGUCCACAACUCCUUCUACAACACAGCUAGCAGUGACCCAACGUUUGCAGCUCUGAAAGACUUGACCACUUCCAGGGUUGACGGCAAGCCUGUUAGUGCCGCAGUCUAUGGUGCUUUGGCUAGUCAGGUCUAUGGUGCCGUCGCAGACCAGGUGCUCACCUCAGGAAAGAAUAAGGCGUCGGACGGCUACCCAAAUGAAGAAGAGGCGCCGUCAGCUGCAGCUGCUGUUAACCCUGCCUAUGGAGCAAAUUCUAUGUACAGUGCCAGUCCAGCUUAUGGGACCAUGGGAGGCACAAAGUCUGACCCCCAAGCCAUGUUCGAAGCCGCCCGGGCCAGAUUCUUCGAGCAGGGGCAACAAGUACUCGCCGAGCAGCAGGCUGUGACCAAAUCCGACCGAGACCGAAGUCCAAUACGACGCUCGGCCCCAUUACUGCCUGACCCUGUUUCACAGCCGUUUUCCCAGACGCGACCCAAACGGCGAGCCCUGCUUCCAACACCACCUGGUGGACCAGAAAUACCCGCAGUUAAAAAUGGAGACCCAAUCGCAAGGUGCUAUGCAGAGUACUACCAACAGUACCAGCAGUACCAACAGUACCAACAAUACCAACAGUACCAGCAUUAUCAGCAGUACCAGUACAACUAUCCGCCGCCUCCACCACCACCACCUCCGAUGCCGAUGGUGUCCCCAGGCCCAGUGGAUGUGCAACAGAUGGCUGCCCCGGGCACUGCUGCUUCACAAAGAGUAAUGCCCCUCAGGCAGUCUUCAGUCUUUCAUUCCAAAGAAACAUGGUGGGGUACACACACAAAACUCACUGAGCACAUGUAACCCAUACAUUUACCACUCGCAGUUGUAACAUUUGACUGCAUUUAUUUAAUUAAACCUCACAUUGACUUUGAGAUUUGAUAUUCUCGAUAUUGUGUAUGAUAGUGACAGUCAAAACAAGGUGGUGGUGUAGCUUAUUUCAGCACACCAGGGCUCCACACCAAUGAUUGUAAACAACAUUGUAUUGUAACUAUUGUAUAUUUUUAUAAAUAGUUGCAUGUGUCUUGUUAUUCUUACUGCUGUUCCAGCCACAUUUUCCCUUUUCGCUAACUACAGCUAAAAUGGCUCCCAGGCCUCAGGACACCCAAGUUGAGCAUGACGGGGGAAGAGAAUUAGCGCCCCACAAUGCUUCGGACGUGGUCCCCGCUAAGGUAAAGCCAUUUGGCCCCAACCACGCCUGCACCUCGAUCAUACACUUCCCCUCAGUAGUCCUAGCCCAGUUGCUAGAGAUGCUCAGAUCAGACCCACACCCAAGUUGUUUUAAUGAAGCCAACACACAGUGAUGAUGAGGGAGAUUUGUGUCUUGGAGCAGUAGAAUCAACUUUGAUACACAAAGUACUCAUGCUUUGGGAUUUUAUCUGUUGAUCUAAUCAGUUUCAAAACCAUUUUGAGUUACCUAGUAGAUUCUUAGUAACUACAGUCAUUCUUGUCCCCAUGUUGAAUAAAUCCAGUCUUAAAGUUUUAUGUGUUGCAAAAUGGCAUCAAGAUAAACUGCUAGUAAAUAUCCAUUUGAAGUCUCUUACAUACUGAUGGGACAGUUCAAAUUUGGUAUUUGAGAAUUUGCCUUGGCUUGUUCUGUGGCAUUUGGUCUUUUUGAAGCACUUCCAGUAAGGUGAGACGAGGCGCAAGCUCUUACUCAAAGCUGAAGUGCUCCAGGUGUGCUUUGAAUACUUAAGGAAGAAGUGCUGUCCGAAAGGCCAGGGUCCAAGUAGGGCAGCCGUCUUAUAGGUGAGUAAUCAAUGCGCCAACGUCCAGCCCAGACACACUUCUCUAAAAAAAAACUCACUUUUUUACCAUUUUAGCCUUCUUGUCAGAAACUGUUUCUGAUUUGUUUAAAUUUUGAGGUUCUGCAUUCAAAUCUCAUAAAGCUUAGGGUAUUAAAAAUGCCUGAAGAUUGAUUAAAAUAUUUUUUCCCUGUCAUGCUGGGGAUAACAUUGCUAGUUUAGCCUUACUUUUUUAGGGAAAUUGGGGCAUUGUUGCAAAAAGAGAUUCGUCAAACAUUUCCACUUUUUGUUUGGUGCUUUUUGAGGGGUUUUCUAGUCAUCUUGUACCCUACAGCACAUAUUUCAGUCUGUUAUUUUACGAAAACAUCUCUCCUAUCUAGAAUCUGGUAAUAACUUUGUUACUCAAAAUCAGUCCCAUUAUUUUAGUUGAUUUAUUUUCAGUAUGCUAGGUUUGUCCAUCAUGUCUUAGUAUUUAAUAAUUUUUACGAACUGAUUUCUUUCUCCCCCUAUUCAAAUGAAAAUGCUGGUAGACAGUUUGCAGAAAAUUUAUGAUUGUACAUAAUUGCGACCUAAAAUAUCAAAUCAGGGAAGUUUUUUUAGCCAAGUUCUUUUUUUUUUUUUAGAAUAUUGGCAACUCUUAUUGCUUUGUAUGUUAUUGUCCCUAAACGCUUUUUUCGAAAUUUGCAAACAGGUUUUAGGUCAUGAUCUUUGUAUUGAGGUCUUGUUCAAUAAAUCAUGUUUAAAUGCUA